AUGCGUCUUCUCGCUCUUCUUGCCUUUCUCAAGACUUCGCGAGCCCUGCUUGUUCCUUAUCCACCUGGCCCGUAUAAUGUCGCGGUCAAGAACUUUGAGCUGAUCGACACAAACCGUAUCGACACAUUUGCCCCCGAGCUCAAUACCAAACGUCGUCUCAUGGUCUCGGCCUACUUCCCCAUCGACUCCCAAUAUGGCUGCAAAGAUGAAGUUAUUCCGUAUCUGCCUACCCUUACUGCAGAGGCGUAUGGCAAGGUAGCCGGAGCUCUUGGCCUGCCUGACAACAUAGUCAAAGACUUUGAGAUGAAGGUCUGCAAUAUCUCGACCGUCAAGCCAAAGAGGUUUCAUAAGCCGAAGAAAGAAUACCCUGUCGCGCUUUUCUCACCUGGUUACCAAGGUUCAAGGCUUGUCUAUGGGGUUAUGGCGAGGUCCCUUGCAAGUCUUGGGUAUAUCAUUCUUACUGUGGACCAUACUUAUGAAGCAUUUGUGGUUGAGUUCCCUGAUGGGACGGCUGCAACUGCUGCUGAGUUUCCGGAUAACAUGAACUCGACAUAUCGACAGCUCGAGGUCCGAACUAAAGACGAGUCCUUUGUCAUCUCACAACUUUGCAAUAGUACGCUCGUGGAGCAGGUCUUUGGCGACUUCCCCGGUACCUUUGACCCUCACAAAGUUGCAGUGUACGGCCAUUCUUUUGGCGGUUCAACUGCCGCCGUCACAGCCCAACGCGAUCGCCGUGUCAUUGGAGGUCUCAACUUCGAUGGUCCCAUGUAUGGUUCCGUCGUUGAAGAAGGCCUGAAGAACACGCCUUACAUACUCGUCGGAACAAACAUGACGUCUGAUCCGGUCCCUGGCUGGAAUGCAUUCUACGACAAGAUCGAUGCUGCCAAGAUGGAAAUGGUGGUCAAGCACACACGUCACUAUGCAUUCACAGAUGUCCCGUUACUCUUGACGGAGUUUAAGAUCCCCGCUGAGUCAGAAGCUAUGGUUCAUGAGGUAUUUGGAACGCUUGAUGGGAGGAAGGUCGAGAAGGCGGCGAAUGAGAUUAUGGUUGGGUUCUUGGACUUGGUGUUUAAGAAGGAUGACAAGAAGUUUAAGGCUGUUGGUAAGAAGAAUGGAAUCCACGUUCUGCAGCGUGAUCUUGCAUAA